AUGAACAGCGGGGCCCCAGGGCCGCUGACCGUGGGGAGAGUGAAAUUCUUCAGCCGGCACCGUGGGGAGGUCAACUCCUCCGCCUUCUCUCCGGAUGGCCAGAGGCUGCUGACAGCAUCUGAGGAUGGCUGUGUGUAUGGCUGGGAGACCCAGAGCGGGCAGCUGCUGUGGAGGCUGAGUGGCCAUGCAGGUCCCGUGAAGUUUUGCCGCUUCUCCCCUGAUGGCCGCCUUUUUGCCACUACCUCCUGUGACUGUACCAUCCGCCUGUGGGAUGCAGCAGAAGCUAAGUGUCUGCAUGUCCUAAAGGGUCACCAGCGGAGUGUGGAGACGGUCAGCUUCAGCCCUGACUCAAAGCAGCUGGCGUCGGGCGGCUGGGACAAGCGGGUGAUGCUCUGGGAAGUGCAGUCCGGCCAGAUGCUGCGCCACUUGGGAGGGCACCAAGACGCCAUCCAGAGCAGUGACUUCGCACCCAGCUCAGACUUCCUGGCCACUGGCUCCUGGGACUCCACUAUUUGCAUCUGGGACCUGCGGAUGGAGACCCCCGUGAUCUCCCCCCACGAGCUGGAGGGCCACAGUGGUAACAUCAGCUGCCUGUGCUACUCGGCAUCUGGCCUCCUGGCUUCUGGCUCCUGGGAUAAGACUAUCCACAUCUGGAAGCCCUCCACCAGAAGCCUGCUUGUUCAGCUCAAGGGCCAUGUUACCUGGGUGAAGAGCAUAGCUUUCUCCCCUGAUGAGUCACAGCUGGCCAGCGCUGGCUACUCCCAUAUGGUCAAAGUCUGGGACUGCAACACAGGAAAAUGCAUUGAAACCCUGAAGGGAGUCCUGGAUGUGGCCCAUGCUUGCGCCUUCACCCCAGAUGGGAAACUCUUAGUGUCUGGAGCUGCUCACUAAGCAAGAUGCCAAGUGCACUGCUCUAUCAAA